AUUAGAGUGGGCGGGUGCUGUGUGGGAGUGCUGUGGAAGACAGUUAGUGUGUGAGCGUGUGGAUUCUGCAAACGCCGGUUUGGGUCUGUCACUCUGCGUUUCAGAUUCUUAAAGCUGGAGUUUUCCCCCAGGAUUGGCGUUAUGUCAUUCCAGCAAGAAACAGCUUUCUUCUCGGCAGCUGCCCCGCUGUACUGGCUAGGAGCUUUGACCGCGGCCUGGCUCUCCCUGCGCGCCGGCAGCCUGCUUGCUACCGGGUUUCGUGUGUGGGUGUUGGGGAACGGUCAGCAGGUGGGACCACAGCUCGGCAAGUGGGCAGUUGUCACCGGAGCUACAGAUGGAAUUGGAAAAGCCUAUGCCGAGGAGCUGGCUCGCAGAGGAAUGUGUGUCGCUCUCAUCAGCAGGACCCAGGAGAAACUGGACCAAGUUUCCAAUGAGAUCAGGGAGAAGUUCCAAGUUGACACCAAGACUAUCGCCGUGGAUUUUGGACAGGGGGUUGGGAUCUACCAGACGAUCGAGAAGGGACUGGCAGGGCUGGAGAUCGGAGUACUGGUUAACAACGUGGGGAUCUCCUACAGCUAUCCAGAGUACUUCCUUGAUGUCCCUGACCUUGAUAACAUGAUCAGCAACAUGAUUAGUAUCAACGUCACGUCAGUCUGUCAGAUGACGCGGUUGGUGCUGCCAGGGAUGGUGGAGAGGUCCAAGGGGGCCAUUCUGAAUAUCUCCUCUGCAAGUGGCAUGUACCCAGUCCCCCUUCUCUCACUGUACUCCUCCACAAAGGCAUUUGUUGAUUUUUUCUCUCGAGCAGUGCAUGCAGAGUACAAGAGCCGGGGGAUCAUUGUGCAGAGCGUCCUGCCCUUCUUCGUGGCCACCAAGCUGAGCAAGAUCCGGCAGCCGACCCUGGACAAGCCCAGCCCUGCAGCCUAUGUGAAGGCAGCUCUGAGCACCGUGGGGCUGCAGAUCCAAACCAACGGCUACCUGCUUCAUGCACUGAUGGGCUGGGUGACCACAAGCCUGAUGCCAUUGCAGAUGGUGAUGAACUACUCCAUGAAGAUGAACAAAGGGCUGCGUGCUCGCUACCUGAAGAAGCAGAAGGCUCAGUAAAGAGGACGAGGAGCGUGCGAAGGAAGACUUCAAACCGUGGGCCAAACUAUUAUAGGAAAUACAUUUUAUGUUUUGCAAUAAUACACAACUUUUAAAUUCUUGCUUUGAGGAAUCUUAACCAUGGAGGAAGCUAAACUGCUAAAAUAUUCCCAAGUGACCUCUGGGUUUGUCUCCUGUGUUUGUUUUACUGUGUGUUUGUCAGUUUCUAGUCUGUGUUGAGUGGACAAAUCGGUCCGCAGAAUGGUGAGCCUUACGAUUAUAUGGAAUGUGAAAUUGUACAAAUUUGAAUAGGUUUGCAUAGUGAUACAGUAGCUGUGUGUGUGUGGGUGUGUGGGUGGGUGUGUGGGUGACAAACACUACAUAAUUCAUACAGACUACAGCGUUUCUGCUGUAUUCUUGUCUGUAGCUGUGUGUGUUUUUUUCUGGGUCUCUGAAUAUUGAAUAAGGUGCCGCUAUAGCAUUUUAUUGUACGCUAUCAUUACAUUGUAUUCACUGAAACCUUUUAAACCAUAUGCAAAAAAAAACUGUCAACGCGUACCACAACGCUAUAAAGGAUUUAUCUAUGCAGUCAUAAAAUAUCCAACCUGCUACUGUUGUACACACUUUUCAAAAUGAUGCAAACACAAACUACCACCAAUCUCCAAUUUAUUACAUGAAACACUAUAUCUGUAGUACGAAUUUAGACAGAAAUCCUGACGGAAUCAAUAUCUGUAUUGUAUGGUAAGUCUGUCUUUCAUUGCUGUUGCUGUUACUGAAUAUCAAUCUUGCUUUUCUUGAUAUAUUAACUAUACAGUAAGUGCAGCCCAAGUCAGGAGCCUGUUUGUGGAUUGAAAUGAUGGGAAUACGUGUGAUAACAAACUAACAAUAACAAGAUAACCAACAUUUAUCACCAUUGAGUCCAAGUCUGACCCUGUUUGUCACUACUCUACAUGUUUUGGAUUUAGUGCUUCUGACUUCGUCUUGACCAUUUUUACAGGAAAUCUUUAGACUUCUCUUGGAGUGCGUGUGUGUGUGUAUAUAUAAAGAGUAAAGAUGCAUCAUCUCUUUCUGAUGACCAGGGACAAACAUAUAGUACAAAUUAUUUAAUACAGUAGUGCUUCAAAUCCAUAUCACUUUAGAUGAGUCUUAUCCACUUUCCAGAAAUGUCCUGGUAUGAGAUCACAAUACUGAUUUAAAUGGAACUUGCAGAAGAAAACCAACUGCAAUUAACAAAACCCAGUGGCCAUUGAUGCUCCAGGCAGCCACACAGGAGAGACUACGGACACCAAAAUGCAGUCGGGUUUAGAGAUGAGGGUAAACAGGUGCUCUGGCCCAUAAUCAGAGGUACAAUAUCUAACAUUCAUUUUACAAAACUAGAACCAAACAACCAUGUUAUGUAGUUCACAUUCUCUUAAGCACUCAGGAUGUUUUGUUUUUCUGUAAAAUGAACAUGUUUUUUCUCCUUUCAAAAAAUAGGAGUUAAAGAAUGGAAGAACCUGCAUCCACCCUGGCUUACACAUUGAAAUCUGGCAAACAAAAUGUAGUUAAGAAAGCUGCUAUAUUGUGGGCAGGGAAGCUUGGAUGCUGGUACACUGCAUAGUGAGCAAACUUAUCAAGCAGACAAGCGCUUUGGCUAAUGCAUUCCUUACUGUAGUGUUUGACUUGCUUUUAGUUUUAGUUAUUUUAAUGGAUGAUUUCUAGAAACGGGCGGCACGGUGGCGUAGUGGUUAGCGCUGCUGCCUCACAGCACCAGGGUCCUAGGUUUGAAUCUGGCCUAGGGUACUGUCUGUGUGGAGUUUGCAUGUUUUCCCUGUGUUCUUGUGGGUUUUCUCCGGGUACUCCGGUUUCCUCCCACAGUCCAAAGACAUGCUGUCCAGGUUGAUUGGUCACUCUAAAUUGCCCUGUGUGUGUGUGGUGCCCUGCAAUGGACUGGCAUCCUGUCCAGGGUGUAGUCUCGCCUUGCGCCCUGUGUAUCCCGGGUUAGGCUCUGGCUCGCCGCGACCCUGUAAAGGAGUAAGCGGUUAAUGAUAAUGGAUGGAUGGAUUUCUAGAAACAGAUUAUGCAUCUUUACUGAAACAUGCUCAGUUUAUAGCAGUGAAAUAAACACAAAACCGAUGCAAUGGUGCUGAUGUACAGCUUCCCGAUGGGAAAGUCACUGGGUGUAAAGGGUGACGUGUGUGGUGUUGGUUCCGAACUUUAACUGUGUUUGUCUGUAGUGGAAUGCUGGAUGUUUAGCUUGGAGGCUGCCUGUGAGUUAUCGCUUCGUGAAUGUAGACUUUCUUGUAUGGAUUUAGGUUUCCUAACAAUAAAACAUAAUCUGAAAA